AUUGUAAUUUAACUCUUGGCCACGUCCACCGGCCACGUCGCCCCGCGUUCGCCAUAUUUCUCGGAGGAAUGCACUGGAAAAGUGUUGCAAAUCGCUUCAAGCUUAUUUCAGCCGUCUCGUAUUGGUAACAGCGAGAGAAAGAAAUCCGCCGUCUUGAAAUUUGUGUUCAAGUAAGAACAUUUAAAAGGCACAAUGAACAUCUUUAGGCUAGCCGGAGAUCUCUCUCACUUAGCGGCGAUCAUCAUUCUGCUGCUCAAAAUCUGGAAAACCCGAUCCUGCGCAGGAAUCUCUGGGAAAAGCCAGAUCCUCUUUGCAUUGGUUUUCACAACACGUUAUCUGGAUCUGCUCACCUCCUUUAUUUCUCUCUACAACACGUGCAUGAAGGUCAUCUACAUCGGAUGCGCUUACGCCACUGUGUACCUAAUCUACAUGAAAUUCAAGGCUACUUAUGACGGAAACCAUGACACCUUUAGAGUGGAGUUUCUAGUUGUUCCGGUUGGAGGCCUGUCUUUUUUGGUCAACCAUGACUUUUCUCCGUUGGAGAUCCUGUGGACCUUCUCCAUCUACCUUGAGUCCGUGGCCAUCCUGCCUCAGCUCUUCCUGAUCAGUAAGACUGGAGAGGCCGAGACCAUCACCACCCACUACCUGUUCUGCCUGGGAGUCUACCGUGCCCUCUAUCUCUUCAACUGGAUUUGGAGGUUCUACUUUGAGGGAUUCUUUGACAUGAUCGCUAUUGUGGCUGGGGUUGUCCAGACCAUCCUGUAUUGUGACUUCUUCUACCUUUAUGUUACAAAAGUGCUGAAAGGAAAGAAGCUGAGCUUGCCAGCGUAAGUGCCAAAGAACAGAAGGCCUGUGUCGCCAUUCAGACUCAUAUGGGGGGGCACAGGACAGCAAAGUCACAGCAAGAGGCCGAAGACAGAAAGCGCAUGUAAGACUGCUGAAGUUUGUGAAAUGUCAUCUGGAUGAGAAAAAAAAAAAAACGACAGCACAAUGACUGCAAUGAGGACUUCUCUUGGAUUUGGCAAAGGAAAUUUUUGUUUUCAGCAUCUUGCAAUACCUUUUUAGUGCUGUUAAAAAAAAAAAACUUAAAAGAACAAAAAAAGUAAAUACUUUUCUAUGUGAGGUGUUCCACAAGCUUAAAAUUUCAAUUGUUUAAAAUUGGCCGGAUUAAACACACCCUUUAAGUCCUAAAUGUACUUUUUUGAAAAAGAAAAAAAAAAAGUGGUCUCAAGGUUUCUAGUGUGUUGAAUCUGGUAAACUUUCUCAGUCAUAUGUGACAAAUUCCUAUCCAUAGAAAUUAUUCUCAUACAAUCUCAUUCUUCCUUUAAUUGCUUUAGACUCCAAUGGCCUUUCAGAGUCCAUAAAUUUACACAAAUGCCUUAUAUUAAUUUCAACAGCAUUAUAGACAGAAUAUGCAGAAACGUUACCUAAUAAAUGCAUCCACUUUUGUGUACAAGGAGAAUGUUUUGUACUGCCAAAUCAUUCAGCACUGAUACGUUUGUAUUCCUAAUGUUUUGUCUUUUUAGAUUACUUUGAAUUUGUAGUUCUGUUAAGGAUCUAGUCCUUCAGCAGUGCUCAUGAUGUAACGUACAACAUCUGUAAUAACAGAACAAUAUAAUAUUAUUAGUAGUAUCCUGCAACUAAGUAUUUGUUCUUGAGAUGCAGUAAUUUAUCAACAACCCCAAUGGAAUUUACAGUGUGAAUAUUAUAAGACAAGAUCUGGAGUGUGUGUAUAUAGAUUUCACAGAAUUCAUAGAGAACUCUUGUUUGUUUUGGACAUUCAUUUACAUAUUCAGUAUGCUUGAUGUCCCCCUUCAUGAGUCAUUCCGCUAGGGUUUUCGCUUUUGUUGAGUUUUUAAGUUUAUAUCACCUCCAAUAAAAAUUUUACAGGCCACUGUU